ACUCUGUUAUCGCAGGGGUCAACUUUGGGCGGUCACUUGUCGCGAUUAUCCCUUUUCAUUUGCUUUCUCUUCCACACGCUUCUUCCUUCUUCGAGAGUCCACGGCACUGUACCUUGUAGCUGUGAUGCACUGUAUUCCCUCUAUUCCUGCCGCUGCUCUUCAGGUGUUUCUUACGCUGCAAUCGCUUGCUCGCUCUCUUCGGCUGGGCCCCGCGGCAUCGGUCAAACUGCGCCGCGACAUGUGUGUACAUGAGGCUGUCGGGCCCCGUAGGAGCUGAACUUGAGUCGCUGGCCCGGCUAUUUUGACAGGAUUUUGGAGCGGUGUAACUAAACAUCCUGUACCCUUGUUUUCCAACGUCGUAUGCCUCUCAGCCGUCCAAAAUGACGGUCAGGAAAAUCCUACAAGCCGUCUCGGCGGCUAGUGGAAGCCGUCGAGGCAGAGGCAUCUCAAAAAACGCAUUAAUGGUCAUCUCCUUCCUAGUCGCCACUCCUGCUCUUGCUCUUCUUUUUCUUAUUUCCGGCCAAGGUCUUUUCGUAGAUGCAACCCAAGCUUCGUCAACGUCAACUUCCAGAGCUACCUACAUGGACCGCUUCAACAUCCCCAAGAACCACGUCGACCUCAUUUGGGACAAGGAUGGAACAAAAUCCCACACACGUGGCAAUACCACAUACAGAUGGACGGAGCGCAAGUCCAACGUGGGAGUGUACGUGGGCUACUCCGAGAUGUACGAUUCGUCUGCGCAAGCUUAUUGCCAGAGUUCGAGUGCAAAGAUUGACACGAAGACAACCGUGGGGGCGCCGUAUAUGGCAGCGGGUGCCUGCCCGAACUACGGCAAGGUCAUCGCGUUCACGAAGCGAGAUGGAAGCAGGUCCGACAUGACGAGAUGGAAAAACGAGAUCCACGCGAACGUGAUGCCGCAUAGCACCACGUCCUGUGCGUCGAGGGCGGAUCCAGGUGCUGCUGAAGUCGCCAAGUCCAUUGAAGGCUUCGCGAUGUACGCCGGCUAUCUGACCCACUGCCCCUACAACGUGAAUGUCUAUCGGCAAGAUAUGGUGACCGACAAGGAGUUCGACAGCACCGUGUGCAACUUCGUAACGGAGUCCAACCCGCUACGAUUCCUCGACACCACGCAGAGACAGUCCACACAGCCGUACACUGAAUACGCCUUCCACGGCAAGGGAGGCCACAAGGGCUACGACUACAAAGGACAAACUAGCCACGUGGGCUGCCCACCCUAUAAUCCUCCGCAUGUGACAAAGGGGAUGAAGGACUCGAGCUGGAUCACCGGCCCGUUUGAAUGCAGCAUUCUCAGCCGCUGCACGACUCACUGCUGGCCAUACAAAAGUGGCGGUAACUGCUUCCGAAGUUUGCCAGCAAUGUUCGACAUGAGCACGGGUGAAUGCCGGUUGCUUGGCUACCACACCCAGGAUUUCCGGAGCAGCACUUGCGCGGAGUUGACGACGGACGAUACCAAUGCUUUCUACUGCGUCCGCCCCAUGAAGACUGCCGCAUCUUCUAACAUGGUUUAUGUCACCUCCCACACGCGACCUGAUCACGAAACCAAAUGCCCCCCGAGAGAGCCCCUGAAGAAUGUCCGAUGGGGAGUUGUGUCUAAGGGCAAGUACUGCAAGCCAAUGAAUGCACGCGCGAGUUUAAGCAACGCCACAGCGGAGCAAUGUGGACAGAGAUUGUUCAUGUUGAGCAGCGCGGACGGUUCCAGUCUGUCUUCGCAAGUUCGCGGCUACCACUGGGCGACUUUCGUUGCAACCGACUGCAACAUGGGCGAGAGUUGCGCGGCAACCGCUCGCGGCAAGUGCUUCUUUUACAGCACAGUUCCCGAGUGCCUCAUCCAUUCCCCGACCACCAUGGCCUUCACUUCCCUGAGCGCAGUCGACCCGAGUAUCGCCAUCGACCCCGACUCCAUCGCGGUGCUGCCCGAAGACAAGUGCGUGAGCGUCGACUGCGGCGCCCACGGCACCUGCGAUGUCGCCACGGGGAAGUGCGUCUGCGAGCCUGGCUUCACGGGCGAGCGGUGCGACAAGGAUGACCUCUGCUACCAAAAAACGUGCUCUGGACACGGACAGUGCAAGGAGUCGGACGGCUCGUGCGAGUGCGAGGGCGGUUACAAGGGCGACAAUUGCGAAACCAUCGAUAAGUGCUACAACCAACAGUGCUCUGGACACGGCACCUGCAACGACGAGACGGGCCACUGCGAGUGCCAGACCUGCUACACAGGCACCGACUGCUCGCAAUCCGUCCAGAACUGCUGCACAACCGACAGCGACUGCACGGGCAAUAAGACAUGCAGCACGAGCACGAAUGAGUGCGUCUGCCAGGCCGGCUGGGUGGGUGCGGACUGCACUGAGCAGGACCGGUGCUACAACGUGGAAUGCGGCGAAGGCAAGGUGUGCGACGCCGAGACUGGAGCGUGCGUCUGUGAGGAAAAGUGCAAGACAGGGCCGAACUGUGACCAGCAUAAACCGGAGUGCUGUGGGUCGAACGACGACUGCCAUCAGCCUCAGGGGUACUGCAAGAUGGACAUGUCCACAUGCAUCUGCCGUCCAGGCUUCACGGGCGAGAACUGCGGAACACGGGAAGAUCUGUGCGCAGGUGUGACGUGCAAGAACGGCGGGACAUGCGACUCCGUCACUGGCCUGUGCCAGUGCGAUGCCUGCCACGGCGGGAAGACCUGCGAGAUUACGAAGGAACACUGCUGCAUCAAUGACAGUGACUGCAACGGCCACGGCACCUGCAACACGAGCAACAAUACCUGCAACUGCGAGGCAGGCUUCGCUGGCACCAACUGCUCGAGCAGCGAAGGCAAGUGCAGCGGCAAGACCUGCUUGAGUGGACACUGCAAUCCGGCGACUGGCGCAUGCGUCUGCGACCCGUGCCACACCGGCGAGAGAUGCGAAACGCUCGUCAAGGACUGCUGUGUUGUGAACGACACGUGCAAGUUCCCCAACGGCGUCUGCACUGACAGCAACAGGUGUGAGUGCCAGAGCGGCUGGGGCCAGGGCGACUGCAGCAAACCAGUCGACAAGUGCGAAGACGUCAGUUGCAACAACGGUUCAUCAUGCGACGCGGACUCCGGCACAUGCAUUUGCCCCCCAGGCUUUGGAGACGAAUUCUGCGAAACCUGCUCCAGUAAAGGGUGUCUGAACGGCGGGGUGUGCCAACCAAACGGCACCUGCACUUGUCCAGAGGGUUUCGAGGGCCCCCUGUGUGACCAGAGCGGCUCGUGCCCUGGCGCCGGCGGACAGUGUCAAAACGGCGGUGCGUGCGACCCCGAGAAGGGCCAAUGCAUCUGCUCGGAAGGCUUCACAGGCGCAAGAUGCGAAGAGGCGGGCGCCCCGUACACUUGCUCCGACUGGUGCAAAGCCCCAAAUCUCCUGGACGAAACCUUGUGUGACCCCGACAAGGACUGCUACCAGGUUUGCUGCGAAGUCAUGAAGGCAUGCGCAAAGAUCCAUCGACAUAGCGAUUCCGAUGACAAAUGGAGCCAAUGCUACAAAGACGGCAUGGAUGAGCGCCAGGCAUCGUGCUGCUAUGCUCGGCAAGAAGCAUCGGAUUACAUGGCAAUCUACUUGGCCGCUGGAGGCGUUCUGCUGCUUCUGUUGGCUGCUGGUAUGGCGUACGGCUUGCGAAAGAGAAGCACCGCCGCCGGCGGUGGAGGCGCUAUGGACUUUGGCGUCGGCGAGGAUGGCAAGCCCGCUACCGCAGCAGAAGAGGAAGCCAUUGAGGUCAACCUCGACGACUUCAAGUCUCAUCCAGAUGAUGAAGUCGACAUUGGCAACCGGCUGGGCUCCACGAACUGGGACGCCUAACUGAAUGCCAGCCUUCGCAAGACUAAGCAGACACAUUUUUCGUUUCAGCGAGGGGAAGGCUGACAAGACAGGGACCCGCGGUAACGCCUUCGCUUCUCAGCGGCUGCGAUUUGGAGGAACCGUGCCCCGUCAACGACAAUCUCAGCUGGUUCUCGUAAUUGACUUCCUGCCUCCAGAAAAGUGAAAUUCCACUCUAGCUUCCGUGUGACCAUCGCGAAGAGGCGGCGUUCGUCAGUCUCCUAACGGCUGGUAAUGAACAUCUUCGGAGGCAAGUGUAACCGGCAGUGCGCUGGCUAACACGGCCGCGGUUCUGCUGACGAAGAUACAGACGAAAGGAAGACUGUUCACUUAAUUUUCCGGGAGAGGGGAAGCCAUAUCCUCUCAACAGGAUGCAGGGAAUGAUGCCUAGCCGUAAUUCACGCAUAGAAGGCGAGUUGAGGCGCGUUCGAACUGAAAAGGAUAUCGGGCAAAACUUCUGGAUUAAAGAACGGCGGCAAAGACGUCGUCCGGAAGAAGUCUGUAGCUAGUUCCUUGCUGAGGAUUUGUUGGCGUGCGUUUGCUGUCUUCUGAAAAUGUCUGACUACUCCUUCCGCCGCAAGUUCUCAUUCGGAUCAGGCAUGCCACGGCCGCCACUUGCUUGGUCAGGGGACAAAAAUUGGGAACCUACGUGAAAUUGCGAUAGUGCGAGGCGACUCAGUUGCUUCGCAUGUGAGAGGAUACUCAGCAAUAUUGCAAGGACUGGUUUUUUUUCACGGCGCGUUUUCACUGUGCAAAAAACGGACCCGUUUCUUGAGCGGGAGGAGAGGGCGUGAGUGUGUAUCGACGUGAAUGUUUUCCUCCAGACUCUACACUUGACGGCACUGCUUCAGAAGGUUCCUCAUGACAUGGUAGAAAACAAACGGGGAAGCAUUCAUAAAUUCGGUUUCACAGGUCGCGCGAGCCUCGGACUAACCGGGACUCGGGCACCCGAUGGUAACUUUUGUUGCAAGGUGUUUUUUAAGUUCCCAUCCGCGUUCCAGGUUAAGGCACCACAAAAAAGGGUAAGGUGCGUCGAUCCAGCACGUGACGGUUUAUUCUUUUUUGUCCCACUCUGACUUCAUUUCACCUUUCGGAGUCAUGUGUCGCCGUCUCAUUUUCCAGAAAACUAGGGCAGCGUCUUCGAGUUUCAAGUACGUGC